CCCCAUCCCGCAUAGCAAACAAUAAAACUCUCUAUCUAGCUGACUCACUCUUCAAUCUCGAUACCCACCAAUUACCCAAGCAUUUACACCCAUUUCGAAAGUGAAAACCAAUAAACAAUGCAUUUCCAACACGCGCUAUCUCUAUUAUUCGCCGUUACGGCACUCGCCUCGCCAUCACCAGAGGCCAACAACAACCCCACUUUGGCCAACCGCGAUAGCCUUCCUCUCGAUAAACGAGCAUGUAGCUACAACGGCUGCGCCUGCAUCAGCGGCCUCCCUGCAGGCGUAUACUGCGGCAACUGCGUCGCCGGCGCCGGCACGUAUGCGAUACGCACCAAGCGCGUCAGUACCCACGCAUACCAGUGCAACUCAAGCGGAAGGUGCUGCGACUACGGCGUUGCGAGCGAUUGUGGGAAGAGCGUUGCGAGGUGCCGACAGGGUUCACCGAAUUGAGUGAAGAGCCUGUAUAUGAAGAACUACCAUGUGUGUGUUGAAGUUGAGGAGGAAAGUCAGUUGGAGUACGCAGGAUGCCUUUGUGAUGAGGGGGAUCAAGGGGACCGGGAUGCGCCUUCGUACUACCACCCCCCUAAAAACAUCCGAUUAGCUAGAAUUUAAGAUACAACCGCCU